AUGGAACUCGAUCGCGACACUCUGCUGCGACUUUAUCGCACGAUGACAACCAUCCGGCACUUUGAAGAACGAGGCGUGCCCGAAACCGGACAACGGGGCAUGUCUGCAUCUGUUCACUCGUCCGUGGGACAGGAAGCGGUGCCCACGGGAGUUUGCGCUCAUCUGAGCGACGAUGACUAUAUCGGAAGCACCCACCGGGGACACGGCCACUGCAUCGCCAAGGGUGUGGAACCCAAGUUGAUGAUGGCCGAGCUCUUUGGACGUAUCGACGGUCCCAACAAGGGCAAGGGCGGCUCCAUGCACAUCGCCGACAUGAGCAAGGGAAUGCUGGGUACCAACGGCAUCGUUGCCGGCAGCGUUCCGCUGGCUGUUGGCGCUGCCCUGACCUCCAAGAUUCGAAAGCUGGGUCGGGUGGCCGUUGCAUUCUUCGGCGACGGCGGAGCCAACCAGGGCGUGUUGCACGAGUGCAUGAACCUGGCAUCCGUGUGGAAGUUGCCGGUGGUUUUCUGCUGCGAGAAUAACGGAUAUGCCGAGUCUACCCCGGUGGAGUACGGGCUGUCCGUCGCCAACGUGGUCGACCGCGCUCCCGGCUACGACAUGCCCGGCAUCUACGUCGACGGCAUGGAUGUGCUGGCGGUGUACGAAGCAGCCGGGCAGGCGGUGGACCGCGCCCGCUCCGGUGGCGGACCGGCGCUGCUGGAAGCUCGCACCUAUCGCUACUACGGUCAUACGGUGUUCGACGAUCCGUUGACCUACCGCACCAAAGAGGAACAGGACCACUGGCGCGCCCGCGACCCGCUGCUGACGUUCCGCAAUCACAUGAUUGCCCAGGGGAAUGCCAUCACCUCCGAGGAACUCGACCAGAUGGACGCCGAAGCCCUGCAGCUCAUUGAGGAAGCGGUGAGUUUUGCCGACGCCAGCCCAUUGCCGGAGCCGCACGAAAUUUUAUGA